AGCCUGGCUGUGGCAAAGAUGACGGGGCUGCGCAACAGUAACUCCUCUACCCGAAUUCUACGGAGUUAUUUGGUGUCACAGUAGUUGGAAUGGCCCAAGGUCGAAAGUACGGUCUCUCGGGUACAGUACAUGGGAUGGGAUGGGUUGAAUAGCAGAGAUGGCUGUAAACAGAUAUAGUCCGGAGGCACUAAGAUAGUUUUCUUAUCGCUGGUCGGUUCCAUGGUCAGCGUGCGGGUGAGCCCGUCCAACGGAACUAGAACCAGAGAGGCAUUUCCAGCUCAGUGGAACCAGAUGGCAUGGAUAUCUCCUGUUGCGACCACGAGCACGAACCGGCCUAGUCAUUCAAAGUUAGUUUGUUGGGCAACUUUGAGUAAGACUCUUGGUGGUGGUGAUGUGAUCGAAGGGUGGUGGAUGGGCGUUACCGCCGCCCACCAGCUGGGCAGCAACCACACCCAUCGAUCCAUCCUGGAUACUACUUGGCUUGUCCGGUUGGACAGACCGCAAUUUGCACAGUUGAGCGCGGGAGUCUAAAAAAGAAGUCUCUCCCUUCAAAAUUAAAUUCUCCGACCGGACAUAUCCCUGAUUUUCCUGUUUAGUGCAGUUGGUUUUCCUUUUGUUUCG